AUGGUCGUAUUCAGCAAGAUCGCGGUCGUCCUGGCCGGUUUGUCGACAGUCGCAUCGGCUGUGCCAACGGGCAGCUCGCGCAAGAGCAGCUUCACCAUCAAGCAACAGACUCGCACCGCGACCCAGCCCAAGUCUAUCAACUUGCCAGGCUUGUACGCUGCCACCCUCUCCAAGUAUGGUGCCUCGGUUCCAGCUAGCGUGAAGGCCGCCGCAGAGAGCGGCUCGGCCAUCACCACUCCUGAGAACAACGACGAGGAGUACCUCACUCCUGUCGAUGUCGGUGGCACCACCCUGAACCUAGACUUUGACACUGGCUCUGCGGAUCUCUGGGUCUUCUCUUCGGAGCUGCCCUCGUCCGAGCAGUCUGGCCACAGCAUUUACAAGCCCAGCAGCAAUGCCAGCAAGCUGUCCGGUUACUCCUGGUCUAUCACGUAUGGUGAUUCGAGCUCCGCCAGCGGUGACGUCUACAAGGACACUGUCACCGUCGGUGGCGUCACGGCCACUGCCCAGGCCGUUGAGGCUGCCUCCAAGAUCAGUCAGCAGUUUGUCAACGACAAGAACAACGACGGCCUGCUGGGCCUAGCUUUCAGCUCUAUCAACACCGUCUCGCCUAAGUCACAGACCACCUUCUUCGACACUGUCAAGUCCCAGCUGGACUCGCCCCUGUUUGCUGUAACGCUGAAGCACAACGCCCCCGGCACCUACGACUUCGGCUUCGUCGACAAGUCCAAGUACAGCGGCUCGCUCACCUACACCGAUGUUGACAGCUCCCAGGGCUUCUGGAGCUUCACUGCCGACGGCUACAAGAUCGGCUCUACUUCUGGCAGCUCCAUCCAGGGCAUUGCCGACACCGGCACUACUCUGAUGUUGCUCCCCGAUGACGUUGUCUCCGCCUACUACAACCAGGUCGAUGGCGCCCAGGAUGACUCCUCCAUCGGUGGCUACACCUUCCCCUGUUCCGGUCAGUUGCCCGAUUUCACCGUUACCAUUGGGGGCUAUGACGCCGUCGUCUCCGGCGACCUGAUCAACUACGCACCUAUCCAGACGGGCAGCUCCACAUGCUUCGGCGGCAUCCAGAGCAACUCUGGCCUGGGCUUCUCCAUUUUCGGCGACAUCUUCCUGAAGAGCCAGUACGUUAUCUUCGACUCCAACGGCCCCCGCCUUGGCUUUGCUCCUCAGGCUUAA